GGAGGCUGUUACAGUGAAAGAAGAGGAGGCUGUUAUAGUGAAAGAAGAGGAGGCUGUUACAGUGAAAGAAGAGAAAGAACCGUUUAGAGAGGAAGAGGAUGCUAUCUCAAUAAAGGUGAAGGAGGAAGACGUUUUGAGAGUGAAAGAGGAGACAGAAUAUCAGAUUAACACCAGAGAGAGACAUGACUAUCGUGGAUCCUCUGGGGAGCCUCAACAACAUCCUGAUGCUGACGAGGCUGAGAAGAGUCUCUCCAGAUCAGAACACCAGAUGGACAAUGCUAGCCCUUCCACCCUCCCGGAGUCCAUGUGUCGUGCCUCUCCUGGUAGCACCUUACUGCUGGGUAUGAAGAGAUUGUCUGUGCUGCUGGUGGACUGCAGGAAAACAACGGGGCUGAGUGGAACUGUGAGAGGAGGAGAAGAGAUGAAAGGAUCAGAUUUGACACAUCAAAGAGAAAGACCAGACUCAGAGGAACCAGAGCCAGGGAUGUCCAAACCAGCAAGAAGACACCAGUGCUCUUACUGUGGAAAGGGUUGUAACAGGUUAGGGGCCCUGAAACAACAUGAGAGAAUACACACAGGGGAGACGCCUUACCACUGCUCCCACUGUGGCAAGUGUUUUAAGAGGUUAGGGAAUCUGAGAGUCCACGAAAGAAUACACACAGGGGAGAAGCCUUACCACUGCUCCCAGUGUGGAAAGUGUUUCAGCCGGUCACAAAUCCUGAAAGCCCAUGAGCUAGUACAUACAGGGGAGAAGCCUUACCACUGCUCCCGCUGUGGCAAGUGUUUUAAGCAGUUAGGGAAUCUGAAAGGCCACGAAAGAAUACACACGGGGGAGAAGCCUUACCACUGCUCCCAGUGUGGCAAGUGUUUCAACCAUUCAGGGAAUCUGAAAGACCACGAAAGAAUACACACAGGGGAGAAGCCUUACCACUGCUCCCAGUGUGGAAAGUGUUUUAAGUGGUUAGGGAGCCUGCAACGACACGGGCUAGUACACACAGGGGAGAAGCCUUACCACUGCUCCCAGUGUGGAACGUGUUUUAAACGGUUAGGGAGCCUGAAACGACAUGGGCUAGUACACACAGGGGAGAAGCCAUACCACUGCUCCCAGUGUGGGAAGUGUUUCAGCCGGUCAGGAAUCCUGAAAGCCCAUGAGCUAGUACAUACAGGGGAGAAGCCUUACCACUGCUCCCAGUGUGGAAGGAGUUUUUACCAUAAAAACAGCCUGAACCAACAUCAGAAAAUACACAGAUGCAUUAGCACUCCUCCCGGAGUGCAAAGCUUUGCCCAUUUAGGAAGCCUGAAAGAACAUAACACAGAGGAGAAGGCUUACAAAAGCUUAGACUUUGGGAAAACAUAUUACUCAUAAUCACUUAAACGUCAUUAGAGAAUCCACACAGGAGAGAUAAAUUACUUCUCUUAGCGUGUAUAUUGAUAUUUCACAUCUCAUUUUUCUUACAAUUCAUCAGAGAACAUACACAGUGCUCCCGUUGUCUUAUAUUGUUGCCUUAUAAUGUGUUGACCUGUUUUUACCAGAUGAAAUUGCUUCUUCCAAUUAUUGAUAAACAUGUACCUGUUAAGAAACUGACUGUUAGAUAUGUUAAGGCUCCAUGGAUUGAUGAGGAAUUUAAAAACUGUAUGUUUGAAAGAGUUGGGGCAAAAGGAGUGGCUAAUAAGUCUGGCUGGCUUACAUACUGCAAAUUGAGAAAUUAUGUGACCAAACUCAACAAACAUAAUCAACUUUAUUAUGGAGCCAAGAUCAAUGAUAUAAAGAAUGAUGGAAAAAAAAACUUGUAAAAAAACAUCAUGAAAGAAAAGCAGUGCAAGUAUCAUAUUUUGUAAAGUUGAUGUGGGAGAGGUGGAAAAAUUGUUAUCGAUCAAUAAUGACAAACCUCCUGGCAUUGACAACUUAGAUGGAAAGCUACUGAGGACAGUAGCUGACUCUAUAGCCACUCCUAUCUGACAUAUUUUUAAUAUGAGCCUAGAGGAAGGUCUUUGUUCUCUUGCCUGGAGGGAAGCCAAAUUAAUCCACUACCCAAGAUUGGUAAAGCGGCCUUUACUGGUUCUAACAGCAGACCUAUAAGCUUGCUGCCAGCUCUUAGAAAACUGUUGGAAAAAAAAUUGUUUUACCAAAUACAAUGCUAUAUUUCUGUAAACAAAUGAACAA